UCGGACAGUCCGGAAGUAGGAGUUCCUGGCGCAAGCUAGCAUUAGCAUAAUGUCACUUUGACAGCUAGCAUUAGCAUAAUGUCAAGUUACCUAUCAGCUGGAAAUACUUUUUUUUUUUUUACCAGAUUUGAAUAGAAACGCAACGUAGAGUUGGUGUCGGUUGCGGAAAUACGCUUGGUCUGCGACAAUCAAACCAGAGCUAUUAACUUAAUUGAUCUACCGUUGUUAGCCUGAUCAACGCUAGCUAGAGCUACAGAGAAAAGCGACAUGGUGCAGCCCCAGGCAGACAUGGCCCUGCAGUGGGAGAUGGCAGGGGAAGAGGUGGCUCUUCAGGUUCCUGCUGAGCUGGCAGCCAAUGAGGUGGUGACUAGACUACUGGGAGACAACCAGCAGCUCCGAGAGGCGCUGCAGCGCAGCAACCAGGCCCUGCGUCAGCGCUGUGAGGAGAUGGAGGAAUGGCAGCGAAGGUCUAGAGAAGAGAGAGACUUCCUCAGCUGUCGUUUCCAGGAGGCCCGGGCGCUAGUGGAGAGACUGGCCAGGGAGAACCAUAGCCUCACCAGCCUGGCCAGCCCCUCUAGCCCCUCCAACCCUGGAGCGAACCAAGGCCUGCUGGUCAACGGCCCCAUCCAUGGCUCGGAGACCAACGGACCUAUGGCAUCCUCUCUGCCUGUAGGAGGAGGAAACAACUUUCUCCAGCUGCUGAAGAGCCACAAAGAGGAGUUGGAAGAAGGGAUGAGAGAUCUGAGGAGGAGGAAUGAAGAGCUGGAGAAAGAGAGGGAGGAGGGAGAGAGAGAGAGAGACUGCCUUCAUCGCUCGGUUGAGCAGCUCCGAACCAAACUGAGUUGCGGUGUUACUGAGGAAACGGUUCAGCGUUCCGAUGCCCCGCCCUCCUCUGACAGCUCCCACCUGGCCAAACUCACAGAGCAGCUUCAAGCCACACAGGGCAGGUACAGAGAGCUGCAGGAGCAGUUAGAUUCCCUCCAGAAGAGUUCAGCUCAGAGAGACAGAACUGAAGUGCUGCUUAAACAGAAAGACAAGGACUGUACCCAGCUGGAUAAGGAUGUCGAGGCGCUGAAGGCCCAGGUGACGUCUCUCCUGGGAGAGCUGAGAGAGAGACAGAGCUGUUUGGACCGGAGCCAGCAAGACCGCAACAUCCUAGAUGACAGGCUGAGCAGUACUCGGGAGGCGUUGGCAGCAUCAGAGAGAGAGAUGGAACAACAGAGGAAGCAGCACUCUGUGACGGUAGACAAACUACUGCUGCAGACACACAACCUGGAGACUGCCCUGAAGACCUGACCGCCC